AUGCUUGCGCAGGACGCCCUGCCCGCGGUGGCCACGGCGGGCAGCCCCAGCGGCCUGGCGCGGGAGGCCGUCUUCGUCGCGGAGGUGGACGGGGGCGAGCGCUGGCAGCUCACCCUGGGCGACGCGCUGCUGGCGGCCGAGCGCGCGGCCCGCACCGCCGGCGGAGCCCACAGGGGCGAGCAGCCGCGGGUGCCCGGGCGCCGGGCCUUGCUGGAGCUCCCUCUCGUGGAGCGGCUGGGGCGCGGGCCGGGCGCGUCCGGCGGCUCGCCAGCUGGGCGUCUUGGCCCCGCUGCGCCUGGCCGUGCCCCGCUGCAGUGGGAGGGCGCCACGGGCCAUGCCUGGCGUCAGUGCGAGGCACGUGUUUGCUGGAUCCUGUCGAUUGUCACUGGCGUACGACAUCUUGCUGAGCAGCGAGAACGACUUUAUCAAGGACGAGGGCUUCGCCGAGAGGUUCCUUCCAGAGAGCGCGCCCUGGGACAUCGUGCACUUCGCGCCCCCGCGAGGGGGCGUCGACCGGAGGACGCCAGGGCAUUCGCCAGCCAGGCCAUCGCCCGGGAGAGGUUGGUCGCUCCCUGCUCUGCCGUUGCCCGGGCGGGGCUGGCGGAGCAGCCCUCUGCGAGCAUCGCCCGGGAGGGGUUGCCCGGGAGCGGCAAGGGCGGCCUGGGGAGGGUGCCCAACGGCGCCCGCGUGCCGCCGCGCCGCCCGGCCGGGGCGCGCCAGGACGCCGACGCCCCCGCCCGGGGCGAGAGCCAGAAGGCGCCCCCGGGCCCCGACCGCGCCGGGCCGCCGGAGCCGCGCGCGGGCGCGGGCGCGGGCGCGCUCCGCGCCCCGUGUGAGCUCGUCGCCAGCCUGCACAGCGGCGGCCGCGGCUUCUGCAUCGAGAGCAGCGAAGACGCGGCCUUCUGGAAGCACGACCUGAUGCGGCAGGUGGAGGCCCUUCCUGGCGUCGAGGCCGUCAGCAUGCGCCUGCGCUUCGAGGGCGCCGGGCGUGCGACAUCACUGAGGCUGCUGACGAACCGCGCGGAGUGGAUCGGGCCGCGCCGCCAGGGGGGGGUCGUCGUCGGCCUUGCGCAGGACGACGGCGGCGCUGGCGCGAGCGGCGCAGGCGGCGAGGCCUCGGAGCCCGAGGCGCAGGCCGAGCUGCUCGCCAGGUACCCCCAGGCGUUCUGCGAUGCCUACGCUUCCGCGGUGGUGCGGGGUGCGACCUCUGCCGCCUCGGAGGCGCUGGAGGCGGCCGGGGUGUCGGCGGGGGCUGCCGGAGAGGCGGCAGAGGCGGCCGCAGAGGCCGCGGAGACGGCCGCAGAGGCUGCGGAGGCGGUCGCAGAGGCGGCGGAGGCGGCCGAGGAGGCUGCGGAAGAGGUCGCAGAGGCAGCGGAGGCUGCCGGGGAGGCGGCGAAGGCGGUCGCGCAGGGGGCGGAGGCGGCCAGAGAGGCUGCGGAGGCGGCCGGGGAGGCGGCGGAGGCGGCCGGGGAGGCGGCGGAGGCUGCCGGUGAGGCGGCGGGGGCGACUGGAGACGCAGCUUAG